UUAAUUUCGACAAAUCAAUGGCGAUUGGGGACGCGCACUGUGUUGACACUCCUCCAUGCUGACCUCGUGCUUCUCAUCAUGGAUGAAAGCAGUUUGGAAGCAGCCAUAGAGACGUAUACUGCCCAGCUUCGACAGGUGGAAUCUGCCUUAAGGGCCGGACCGGACUCUUCCCAGCAUUCGGAUCUCGUGAAGCUGAAAGAAGAUUUGCAGCAGCUGAUCGAGCUCACUGAGUCUACUUUAGUAUCAGUGAAGAAAAGCCAGCUUCUUGCCAGCCUUGAAGAGCCCAACGCACAGCAGAGUGGAGCCUUAGCAGAGAGAACUGUGGGCAGCAGUCUGGAUGAUGAGUUUGCUGCUUUUUAUGCCGAAGUUGGUGACGCUGGUGCUACGUCAGGCCGUGUCAAUGAGCCUUUUCCUACUGAAGUAGCUUCCUCUUCUAGUCCUGCUAAGACUAGCAGCAUUGGUGAUGAUACAGAGGAAGAGGCUGAAAAGGAUCUUCUGGAUGAAGGUGAGGAGGAAAAUGAGGAAGAUGGAGAGAUGAUGAGCGGCAUGAGGGUCCGAGCACCGUACCGCACCCCCUGGGGAACGCUUGAGUAUCAUAAUGCUAUGAUUGUGGGGACAGAGUAUGUGGAGGGGGCUGAGCCACAUGUCAGGGUGCUGUAUGUCCACCCAACCCAGAAAUCCAUGAAACCCUGUCCAUUUUUCCUUGAGGACAAAUGUCGCUUCAUGGAGGACUGCAGGUUUUCCCAUGGAGAGGUGGUAGCUGUGUCAGAGCUCAGGGACUUCCAGGAGUCAGAUGUUAGUAAACUUCAAGAAGGCUCAUCUUGUUUAGCCAGACAUGAUGAUGGCAUCUGGUAUCCAGCCAAAAUAACUGAAAUUGACAGUGGUUAUUACACUGUGAAGUUUGACUCACUGCUACAGAAGGAUUUGGUGGUAGAGGCAGAUGGGAUUAUCCCACCAUUGAGAGAUGAUGACCCACGGUCUUCAGAAUCUGAAGAUGAUGAUGUAGAAUGUUCUGCCUUUGCUAAAGUUGUAGAUUCUACAGAAACAGAAGCAUGGGCUUCUACUUACAAUUCUGGAUUUGGAGAAUGGGAGGCACAUACACGAGGCAUUGGCUCCAAACUAAUGGCCAAAAUGGGUUAUGAAUUUGGAAAAGGUUUGGGCCGGAAUGGGGAGGGCCGUGUGGAGCCAGUUCUGGCUGUUGUUCUCCCGAAAGGAAAGUCCUUGGACCAGUGUGUUGAGAUAAUUCAGAGAAAGGCACUUGGCAAAGGUGCAAAAGAGGGCCCAGUGAAGCGCAGGAAGAAAACCACCAAGGGGGCAGCCACUAUCCAGGGCCGCAGGGACGUGUUUGAUUUUCUGAACAGCAAGCUGGGUGACAGGGAGCGCGAUGUGCCGACUGCUGGCCACGCUAUUGGUCCAGAGCGGAGUAGCAAAGAGACCUACAAUGGGGGAAGGUCCACCAAGCGCUCCAUCAAUGUCAGGCUGUUCCAGACCUCUGAGAGGGUGGCUCAGACAGAAAGGGAGAUUGAGAGGAUUACAGAGUCCCUCAACAGACAAGUGGGCAGAGAUAAGGCCGUGAUCAGCCACCUGGAGGAGAAGCUCUCCGCAGCCAGGAAGCAGUUGACCCAGCUGAAGGCCCAGGAACGCAGUAUCCAGGCAGAGCAGAAGAAGGCAAACACACACAAGAAAAUGACUGAGUUCUGACCAAGUCCUCAUCAGGCUUUGACCUGUCUGUUCCACUUGCUUGUGCUGUUUCAUCCUUUAAUUUUAAUGUGU